CUACACUGUACCGAGGUGAAUUUCGGGGAGUAGCUGCAGGUUUGUCAGGCCAUUCCAAACCUGUCCAACUAUUUCUUCUGCCUACAACCUGGUAGUUUUACAGAUUAUAACCUGAAAGUAAAAGGUCAUCAGUGAAGAUGCAUUAUUCCACCCUUCUUGGUUUGUUCAUCCUGUUGUCUGCUCUGUCAAGCGCUAAUGCUGGGAAAGUUCUGGUCGUUCCGGUGGAUGGAAGCCAUUGGAUCAAUAUGAAGGUCCUUAUUGUGGAGUUACAUGCAAAAGGUCACAAUCUCACAGUAGUCCGAGGUUCUAGUAGCUGGUACAUUGAGGAACAGUCUCCUCUCUACACCUCCAUUACUUUAGACACUGGUGAACUUGAUAAAGACUUCAUGGACAAGUUUCUCCCUCACCUACUGAAAAUGCAGAGAGAAGGUUCAUCAUUUUGGAGCCAAAUGGCAGCUGUUGAUGAAGUUUAUAAGAGGUUUACAGAGAUUCAUCAGGAAAUAUGCAAUAUGACAGCUACAAUUUUUGAAAACGAAACCUUGAUGAAAUCACUGAAAGAUGCAGCAUAUGAUCUUGUUCUUACGGAUCCUGCUUUUGGAGGUGGAGUGUUACUGGCACAUCGUCUUGGCCUCCCUCUUGUGUUUAAUGUCCGCUGGACCAUGUAUGGAGAAGCCCAUUUUGAUAUUGCUCCAUCUCCUCUCUCAUAUAUUCCUGUUACAGGGUUACAGCUAACUGACAAGAUGACAUUCAGUCAAAGAGUCAUGAAUGUGUUGACAUAUGUAAUGAUUCUUUAUAAAAGUUCCAAGUACUUUGCUUCUCCUUACCAAGAGUUCUCCCAGAAAUAUUUUGGCCCCAAUGUUGAUUUCUUCUCCCUCCUCCAGAAUGCAGACAUCUGGCUCAUGAGAAAUGAUUUUACUUUUGAGUUUCCACGACCCACAAUGCCAAACAUUGUCUACAUGGGUGGUUUCCAGUGCAAACCAGCUAAGCCACUUCCAGAUGAACUUGAGAAGUUUGUGCAGAGCUCUGGAGAACAUGGGGUGAUCGUCAUGUCCCUAGGAACUGUUUUUGGUCAACUUCUGAGUGAAAUCAGUGAUGAGAUUGCUGCAGCUUUUGCUCAGUUGCCUCAUAGGGUUAUUUGGAGACAUACAGGACCACGACCUGCUAAUCUUGGUAACAAUACCCUGAUUGUUGACUGGCUUCCCCAGAAUGACCUGCUUGGACAUCCUCAAACUAAACUGUUCGUAGCACAUGGAGGCACCAAUGGAAUUCAGGAAGCCAUCUACCAUGGGGUGCCUAUUGUGGGCCUUCCUUUAGCUUUUGACCAACCUGACAAUCUAGCCAGGAUGGAAGCAAAAGGAACCGCAAAAAUUAUUCAUAUUUCAACUCUGGACAGGACUGUGUUUCUUGAGGCAUUAAAGGAGGUUUUGCAUAACCCAUUUUACAAGGAGAACAUGCAGAGAUUGUCGAAGCUGCACCACGACCAGCCAGUGAAACCUCUUGAUCGUGCUGUCUUCUGGAUUGAGUUUGUCAUGAGGAAUAGAGGAGCUCCUCAUUUGCGAACACAGGCUUACAGAAUGUCCUGGAUUGAGUACCACUCCAUAGAUGUUAUUUUGACUUUAACGGCAACGCUUUUGAUAUUUACACUUGUGAUUGCUUAUAUAAUUAGAUAUUUUUGUCUGGUUUUAUUUCGAAAGAAAGUAAAACAUGAGUGAUGUACUUGCUGAAAAAAUCAGUUCAUUUAAAAUCUUAAAGAGUGUUCUUUGCUUUUUAGUGUACAACAGUCUAUAGAAUUAGGACUCAGCCACAGAAAGUAUCAGUCACAGAAAGUACAAGGGCUAAAAUCCAUCGCCUACAUCAUAAUUUAAUUUCUGUGUUAUGUUAUGACUGAGUCAACAGAAUUGUGAAUGACCUUUCUGUGUUUGCCAUCACUGAACUCUUAUCUGACAAAGUUAGAAAGAGGUAAUAAAGUGGUAUCCAAUCAUGUGUACAUAUGUUAUCGCUUUUUGACUUUUAUACAUAGUGAGACUGUAAAAUCUGCCAGUGAUGCAAACUACAGUGACUUGCAGGUGUAACAUCUAACCUUAUUAUUAAAGUUGCAUUACUUGAUGCCUAGAAAUGAGUUAAUCUUAUUUAAUAUACCCGAAUAUCUCUCCAGUCAUGCAGAGCUUGGCCAUAAAGUAGUACAAAUCGAGGUGAAAAGUUAUAUUUCUGGACAGUAGUGCAGAUUCGCUUUAUUGUUGUAAUUUGUGAAAUACCAUUUAUUCUAUAACACAUUAAUAUAGAUAUUCUUUUUUUAUUUAAG